AGAAACUACAAGUAAAUUUCUGCUUCCAACAAUUUAAACGUUGUUACCACGAAACCGACGGUUGCCGUCACGAAUCGCCGAUUAUUGUUUUGACUUCAAAUAAAAUCGUCGACACGCAGUGGGACCCACAAUCACCAACUUGUCUCUAAGCUCCUUCAUCAACGGCUGCUAUUCAAACCCUCGCAUCUGAAUCGUACGGUCAUCAUUCAACUUCGUUACACACGAAGAGAGAUAAAGACCCUAGAUCCCUGUAGUAUCCAACCCUUCUCUCUCUCUCUUCAUUAUAUAGUAAAAGCCGACUCUCUACUAAUCUCCCUCUUUUCUUCUCCCUCUUUACUCAUUCAAUACUUUCUCUCUCUAAAAAUCCAUUGAAGGAAACUAGAGAGAGAAAGUUAGUUAGUGAGUGAGCUAGAGAGAGGAAGAAGAUUGAAAUUUGAGAAUUGGUGGGAAAAAAUGAACGGUGGAGAUUUGAAUCAGCAACAACAACAGCAACAGCAUCAACAACAACAACAUCACCAGCAGUGGGUGGCGAUGCAGCAGUAUCAACAACAAUGGAUGGCGAUGCAGUAUCCAGCAGCAGCAAUGGCGAUGCAGCAACAGAUGAUGUAUGGUCAGCAAUACAUGCCUUACUAUCAUCAACAGCAGCAGCAGCAGAUGCUGCAGCCGCCGCCGCCGCAGAUUCAGACUUCAUCUGAAGAUAACAAAACGAUUUGGAUUGGUGAUCUUCAGCCAUGGAUGGAUGAAAAUUAUCUUCAUUCCUGCUUUUCUCAUGUUGGCGAGCUGGUUUCUGUGAAAAUUAUUCGAAACAAGCAAACUGGUCAAUCAGAGCGUUAUGGAUUUGUUGAGUUUAAUACUCACACAGCAGCAGAGAAAGUGCUACAGAGCUACAAUGGAUCUAUGAUGCCAAAUGCAGAGCAACCAUUCCGCUUAAAUUGGGCAGCCUUUGGUGCUGGUGAAAAACGUGCAGAAACUGGUUCUGAUUUCUCAAUUUUUGUAGGAGAUUUGGCUUCUGAUGUUACUGACACAAUGUUACGUGACACUUUCGCUAGUAGAUAUCCAUCUUUUAAAGGUGCAAAAGUAGUAGUAGAUGCAAACACAGGCCACUCAAAAGGCUAUGGCUUUGUAAGGUUUGGUGAUGAAAGCGAGAGGUCUCGGGCCAUGACCGAAAUGAAUGGCAUAUAUUGUUCCAGCAGGCCCAUGCGUGUUGGGGUUGCUACCCCCAAAAAACCAUCAGCACAGCAACAAUUUUCUUCCCAAGCUGUGAUAUUAUCUGGUGGAUAUGCAUCAAAUGGUACUGCAACCCAUGGAUCCCAGUCUGAUGGCGAUUCAUCAAACACAACAAUUUUUGUUGGCGGACUUGAUUCUGAUGUCACAGAUGAGGAGCUGAAGCAGUCCUUUAGUCAGUUUGGGGAAGUGGUCUCUGUGAAAAUACCUGUCGGAAAAGGAUGUGGUUUUGUACAAUUUUCUGAAAGGAGCUCUGCUCAGGAAGCGAUACAAAAAUUAAAUGGAGCAGUGAUUGGCAAGCAGGCAGUUCGUCUUUCCUGGGGUCGAAGUCCAGCAAACAAGCAGAUGAGAAGUGAUUCUGGUAAUCAGUGGAAUGCGGGCGGCUAUUAUGGUAGGCAAAAUUAUGGAGGAUAUGGAUAUGGUGCAUCACAAAAUCAGGAUUCUGGUAUGUAUGCUGCUGGAGCAGCUUAUGGAGCAUCACCAGCAGCCUGCUAGCUGAACUCUGGUCAACCGCUGCUAAAUGAGAGACAUUAUCAAAACACUCUUUUUUUCUUUCAGCGUUUCAAAUUUAUAGAAUUAAAAAGAUUAAAGCAUAUAGUGUUUGAUGAGAAUUUUGUAGCUGGAUUUACUUUAUGCUUGGUGAGUUGAGAUGUGUGAACUGUAUACAUAGAGAUGUGAGCUAUGAUGAUUGGUGAAACUUAUUCCGA